AUGGAUGUGUGGAGUGUUGGGGGCAAGAAGUUUCAAAAAAAGAGUUCCACUGGUGCAGUUAAUUUUUUGCAGCUUGUAGAGGAGAUUUUUAAUCAAUGCGGGGCUGAUGAAAUAUUACAAUUUAGUGGUACUGUACGAAGGGUGUGGCUUCGCAGAAAUGAGGCUGUGUUUGAGGGGACCUUUGUUCAUCCUAGUAUUCUUGUUCAACGUACGUCAACGGCAGUGGAGGAGUUUGCCAAAGCUAAUGCAGUAGAGGAUAAGCUAAGGGCAAGGAAUGUAAUGGCUGUAGAGGAGGUUUGGCGGCCUCCUUGUCAUGGCUGGUGGAAAGUUAAUUGGGAUGCAUCGUUGGGGAAGGAGCAGGGAUGGAUGGGUUUUGGCGUGGUGGUGAGGGAUGAUCGAGGGCAGCUCCUCGCGGCCUACAGCAAAACUUUAAGGGGUAAUCUGGAGGUAGCACAAGCGGAGGCAAGGGCAGCACUUAUAGCCAUUCAGUUCUGCAGAUCUUUGGGGCUUGAACACGUUCAUUUCGAAGGAGACGCAAAGAUGGUGAUUACGGCGGUUAAUUCGUCCGAUCCUGACUGGAGCAGUAUGGGUUUCGUGGUGGAAGACAUCAAGCAUGAACUACAGGCCAUGACGCAAUGGUGUUUUACUUUUGUGCGUAGGGAAGGAAAUAAGGCAGCUCAUACAAUGUCGAAACUAGAUAUAAGGAGUUUUUUGGAUAACACGUGGUUGUAUGAACCACCUGAGUGUAUCUCUGAGAUUUUGCAAAUGGAGCAAGUUGCUCCAAUUGCCAUUGAAUUUCAUUAA